AUGAACUCAAUAAUGGGAGAGGUCCAUGAAGCUCAAUACACUCUUCCACACUAUUUCUCAGAUCUUGAGACCACCACAAAUGAUCCUUCUUAUGAUGAUUUGAUCGAAAUGAAAUCGUCAAAGAUCCUCAAGACAACUUACAUAUUACCAAAAAUGCCACCACCACUACCUUCUUCUUCUCCUCAUCUUCAUCAUCAGCCUUCCUCAAGAAUUCUCUCUUUCGGAAAUGCUUCUCCAAAUGUUGUGGAUGAGUACUCUUCCACAUAUCUAAAGUCAAUAUUUAGCCCCAAAGUAGAGGCUGAAGUGCCACCACAGCGGCUGAAUGAGUCGAUUAAUCGUAAAGGGACCAAGAGGGCUCAACCUUUCUAUAGAAGCCAAUCCAAUGCUCAAGAUCACAUAAUCGCCGAAAGAAAACGCAGAGAGAAGCUUACUCAAAGAUUUGUUGCUCUUUCCGCUCUAGUUCCCGGCCUGAAAAAGAUGGACAAGGCCUCUGUGUUGGGAGAUGCAUUAAAGCAUAUAAAGUAUCUACAAGAACGAGUGGGAGAGUUUGAGGAACAGAAGAAGGAAAGAAGAUUGGAAUCAAUGGUUCUUGUGAAGAAGUCUAAGCUGAUUUUGGACGAUAGUAAUCUAACAGCUUCGUCUUCUUGCUGUGAAGACGGCUCCUCGGGCUUGGAACUUCCAGAGAUCGAAGUAAGAUUCUCGGAUAAAGAUGUUCUAAUCAAGAUCCUUUGCGAGAGGCAUAAUGGUCAUAUUACCAAGAUUAUGGCCGCGAUUGAGAAAUUUCGUUUCUCAAUAACUAACUCAAGUGUUUUUCCCUUUGGACCAACUCUUGAUAUCACCAUUAUAGCUAAGAAGGAGAGUGAUUUCGACAUGACACUCAUUGAUGUUGUAAAGAGCUUGAGGUCUGAUUUAUCGAAGUUCAUGUGAUUGUUUUAAAUCUCAUGCUUAUUGACGAUUUCUCUGAAGGAUCAUAAGUGGUUUUUGCCAUGAAGAAUGUUUUUCUUUAUUGAUAAGUUUGAUUGGAGACUUUCUUCAUUUGUUAUCUAUGCGCAAGAUUGAAUGUGAAGAAUCACUCCCCUCAUACGUAUCGAUCAUAG